CAGCGGCUUCAAAGCGACUUUGAUAUUUUGACAAAAAGUUUAUCCCUGUGUCGUAUAAGUGCUGCAUCACACAUCAAGUGCUUUCUGCGAAGUUUAUUUGGAACAUAUGGCAAAAAAAAUAUCACCAUGUCGGAUAAACCAUCGACCUCAAGUCAUUCAAGUAGAAGAUCUGUGAAAAAUUUGAAUAACAUUGAUUUGAUCGGCAACACUGCGCAUCAGAUCACGGGCGCCAAACUUCCGUGCAUCAAACAAGUGUUACAAGUGAUGUUCCAUAAUAUGCGAUUUGUUGGACUUACUGCAAAAGACAGUGCAAAAUUGACCAUAAGUGCAGCUGUAAUAUUUUGGCAACAAGCUCGCAUUCCAAUUAUUAAUGAUGAUAAGUGUGUGAAAAAGCUGAUGAAAGUUUACGACCAAUGGAAAAACAUACAAAGAACUGUCCCAGAUAAAAGGUCAAAUGCACAAAAGCAAGUUGCCGAACAAUUUACUCAAAAUCUUGAUGAUUUGUUUGAUAUUGCCAUCGGUGAUGCGUUGGAAAAAAUUCGAAUUGAAGAGGACAGAGAAUUUUUAAAAUUGCAAAGACAAAAAGGUCGUCCAGGCUGCAUGGUUGGUGUCGAUAUGAAGUUAUAUGGGCGAGAAAAACGUACGCAAGAACGACAAGAAAAAGAAGAAGCGCGUAAAAGAAAACGCGAGGAAGAGAUGGCUAGACCUUCAGAUGUCGUGAAUUGUGAUGAUGAAGAUGCUGAAAUGCCAUUUUGUGAAACGAUUGAUGAAGAAAAUGAACCGAUUGACGAUGACUGGGAACCAGAGAAAGUAGCUGGUAACGCAACAUCCGCCAAAAAAAGAGGCCGAAAAGAAUUCAUCACAGCAAGAUUGGCUGCUGCACUUGAUAAUGCUAAAGUUUCGGAUGGUAUGGCCGUGCAUAUCCUCAUUGCAGCUGCUGAAGCAUUUGGAAUACGGGCUGAAGAGUUAGCUAUCAACCGUUCAACUAUUCAUCGCGCUCGCCUGGAACAUCGAUUGGAAGAUACAAAAGAUGUGAUGGCUCGGUUUCCCGACAACGUAAUUAAAACUUCAGCUUAUAUUUAAUUUUUAUUGGGUUUUCAAUUUUUCAUUUUAAAAUAAAUUUUUUA